UGUUUUCUUUUCGGUUUGCUAGAAGGUGCUGCUGUUGUUGAGUUCGUUUCAUGUUACUGUGUCAUUUGCUAAAUGAUUCCAACAAAGCAUAAUUUAUCAGUAUUAUUGAACUAUCGCUAAACUAAAACUACUGCGAAGACAUAUUCAAUUGUAAUCUAACCGUAGUUGAAGUAUAACUGUGUUAAAUAUAAAAUUUGAGCAUCGUAAAGGUAGUUAAAUCGAAAGCAAAAUGGCGCAUAUGAGUCCAACUCCGACUUGGGAUAAAAAUACCGGUAUGCCUCUGAUGUGGAGUAGACCUGUUCCAGUUGAUAUGGCCUGCUGGGUUCUGUACAACAACUUUGCAGGCUUAGAUAUAAAUGCUACUGGACAGAAUGGCAAGCAGCCAAAUGCACGUUAUGUUCCACCUCAUAUGCGAUCCCGUCAACAUUCCCAAGCUGAUCCUACAGCUGUAAACCAAACUCAUUGGAAUGUGAAUCAAUAUGGUCAACCAACGGAACAAAAGAGAUCACCCGAGUGGCAUGGGAAUCAAAUCCAAGAUUGGGAUAGAAAAAAUCAGUAUAAGCCUAGAGGAACUUUCAAUAAAGAUGCUAUAAAUCCGCAAUCAUACAAUCAAAUGGGAUCUCAGAAUUUGCAUCAAGAAUCCUACAUGCAUGGCUCAGCGCCUUCGGAACAAAGUGAUUUACAGAAAUUAAAUAUACAGGAUGAUCAAUCCUCAGGCACAGAUAAAAAUUCAAGGAAUUUCAAUUUUAACCGAAACAAGAAGAUUGGAUCUGAGCAGUUUCGCCCGAAUGCAUAUCAGACACGAAAAAAUGAUGGUGGAAGGACAUGGAGAGAUUCAGAAGCAAAGGUUGACAGUAGAGAUUGCAAUCGUUGGGAUCGUCGAAAUGGCUUGCAAAGGAAUGAUGAUGAAGAGGAAGAUUGGUCUCGUCCUCUUCCAAGAGAUGAGCGUGUCGAAAGGCAGCUUUUUGGUCAAGGACACACUGGUAUAAACUUUGAAAAAUAUGAAGAUAUUCCUGUGGAAGCCACUGGAGAAGAUUGUCCUGAACAGAUUAGCAAUUUUCUAGAAAUGCCUUUGACUGAACUUGUUCGAUUUAACAUUGAAAUGGCUAGCUAUAAAAGCCCCACUCCUGUACAGAAGCAUGCUAUGCCUAUUAUAUUAAGCAAGAGAGAUCUUAUGGCUUGUGCUCAGACAGGUUCUGGUAAAACAGCUGCUUUUCUGAUGCCUAUACUUAAUCAGAUUUUUGAAGAAGGGCCUCCAAAAAAUUUACCUGUGAUGUUUCUACAACAGGCCCAACCUCAAACUCGUUAUCCUGGGCGCAUGAAACAGUAUCCCAUGGCACUUGUUCUGUCUCCGACCAGAGAAUUGGCAUGCCAGAUUUAUGAUGAGGCAUGCAAGUUCUCAUACAGAUCGCGUGUACGACCUUGUGUUGUGUAUGGAGGUGCUGAUCCAGUCCAGCAGAUGAAGGAUCUAGAUCGUGGAUGUCAUUUAUUGGUUGCUACUCCAGGUCGACUUGUAGAUAUGAUUGAGCGGGGAAAACUCAGUCUAGAAAUGGUCAAAUACCUUGUUUUGGAUGAAGCUGAUAGAAUGUUGGAUAUGGGAUUUGAGCCACAAAUUCGACGAAUUGUGCUUGAAGAUAAUAUGCCUCCUCUGGGUAAAAGGCAAACAUUGAUGUUUUCUGCAACAUUCCCCAAAAAAGUGCAGGAACUUGCUCGUAAUUUUUUGAAUAAUUAUAUAUUCCUUGCUGUUGGUCGUGUUGGCAGCACAUCAGAGAACAUAACUCAGAAAGUUGUGUGGGUUGAUGAGCAUGAUAAAAGGUCUUUUCUGUUGGAUCUUCUAAAUGCUGCUGGACUUAAAAAUUCUGUGAACUCUCGUGAUUCUUUAACUUUAACAUUUGUGGAAACAAAAAAAGGAGCUGAUGCAUUGGAGCAAUUUCUAUCCAAAGAAGGUUAUCCUGUGACUAGUAUUCAUGGUGAUCGAUCUCAGAAAGAGAGAGAGGAAGCUCUAUGGUCAUUCCGUACUGGGCGCACCCCAAUCUUAGUGGCAACUGCGGUUGCUGCCAGAGGUUUAGAUAUUCCCAACGUUAAACAUGUUAUUAAUUUUGAUUUACCAAGUGAUGUAGAAGAAUAUGUUCAUCGAAUUGGUCGUACUGGCAGAGUUGGAAAUUUAGGUUUGGCUACAUCAUUUUUCAAUGAAAAGAACAGGAAUAUGGCAGUAGAUUUAGUGGAGCUCAUAACCGAAACUCGUCAAGAAUUGCCCGAUUGGUUAGCUGCACUAGCAAAAGAAGUGCAAGUCGAACAUCGCUCCAAUAGCCAACGAAAAUAUGGGGGUAGAAGGUAUGGUGCCGGUGGAUUUGGAUCCCGAGAUUACCGUCAGAUUGGACGCGAACGUGGAGGAAGCAAUGCUAACCGAAGUGUUCCACCACCCAGCUUUACUUCUCCAAAUUUCAAUGCAGCUUACAGUGGCAAUCAUUUCAUGAAUACGUAUCGCAGCAACUAUGGUGGAAAUUAUGCUGCACCUACAAAUGAUUGGUGGGGCAAUUGAAAGAGUUAUCUUACCACUGGCAGCAUAUAUAAUCAAUGAUUUGUUCUAUUUCUUGAUGACUAGAAGUGUUUAUACUUGUGCUCCGUGGUCAUAAUGCAUAAAUGUAUGCUUGUUGGAUUCAUUUAUCAUGCACAGUAGGUGAAAUUUUGAAGGUAUUAUUUUAGUUUAAAAAUUUAAUACUGGUAUUUGAAAACUGUUAAAUGCGCAUUUAUCAGCAGCACCAAGCGCAUUGAAAAUGAUGAAUGAAAAACAGUUUUAUUUAAUAAAUACUUGUUUUUGCUUUAUGGUGAUUGUGCUUUUUGAAUGUCGUUUUGCUGUGUGUGUGGCAGUAGUUGCAUUUGCCAGUGGUUUUCUUUUUUUUUUUAAUUGCACUAAGUAUAUUGUAGUGAUAGUCUUUUUCUGUCCCCAUUGCUGCUAUUUAUGUUUUAUUAACACAAGAUCAUUAUUGUAGUAUUGAUCCUAAGAAAGUAUGGUAUCAUUGCUACAGCAGUAUUUUAUUGCAGAGUAAUAUUAAGUUAUGUACAGUUUUUUGCUCAGAAUUGCACAUCUUUAUCUUGCCAUUCUUAGAGUGGUGUAUUUAAAAUACAUUUUUACCUUUUAAGAAUAAAUUAUCGCAGAGGUAAGCUCAGUUGACAUCUGUGUUUGAUACACAUUAAGAUAUUAAUAAGGUGUGAAUUUUUACACCUGAUCGCUGCUUCACACAAAUUCAUACCGAAUAUAUUCAGCAUAGUGUGUUGUCUACAUUGUCUUUUUAAUAUCAUAUAUUAUUGUGAAUACCAUCAUACUACUUAUUUUGUUGUUGAUUUUUUUGGCAGUAAAGCCUUUUUAUGUUAAUUUAUUUGUUGUGUACUAUAACUUGUAGAUUUGCAGAUCUGUCAAAUGUGAUGGGAGAGCUUUUAAACUACCCAGUGUGUUGUGUGAUGGUUUUCCCAAGUUCUCAAAAUGCUUUCUUUUCUAAGUGAUAUUCUUUCUUGUGUGUUUUGUAUUUUGUUGAAGUGCAUUUGUUUAUGUAGCUGAAUGUUGAAUAAAGUAUUGCUGUGGGAGUUGUGUGAAAAAAAAAUGAAUGUGUGAAAGAUACUGUAUUAGUGUAUCAGUUACAUUAUAAUGUAAACUCUGAAAUGGUAGAAUUCAUAGCAAUUCUUAGUGAUCUGUGUGUACAUAACAUUUUGAAGAACACAUGUGUUUAUGGAUAUUUCCCCAUGAUAAAAGUCCAGCAAUAUCCGUCUGAGUAGGAGGAUUUUUGUUUUAUUAGUCCUUGUGUAAUGUUUGGAAGUACUUGUAAUGAUAUGCAUUUUGAAAAGUUGCUGUUCCCUGAUAUUUUCAGUGAAAAUAUGUGUGGACUAUGUAAAAGAAAAAGCAGCAAGGGGACCUAUAUUUCUAUUUAUAACUUUAUAUAAGUAUUAAUGUUUAGAGAGUCUUGUAUGCAUGUAGCUCUUGCGGUAUUUGUGACAUUUCAGUGUUUUUUGCCGUCCCAAAGCGCGGUUUGAGCUAAAGCUCAUUUUCCCAUGUUGGCAUUUUCGAGGCAAAGUGACAAGUCUUCUCAUUUUUAUAAGCUGUCUCCUGUCAGUUUGAAUAAGUGUCUUGACACGAAAAAAUGCUUAUAAAAAUCAUGCUUAAUAUUUCCAUAAAUAUUUCAAAAGUUUAAUUUUCUAAUUAAAUUAUUUAAAUUUCUCGGUAUUCAUGCUGCAUUGUCACUUUGCCCCCCCCUCUUUUUUUUUAAAAUUUAUUUUACUUUUCAAUGUUAGACUUCUCCUAGUAUCCCAUUUAAGGUUCCAAAUUUUUCUCCUUAAAUUGCUGUUUUGCUUAAAUCUAAAUAUAUGAGGAAAAAAUAAAAUUUUACCACACACACAUAUAUAUAUAUAUAUCAGAAAUGUGCAUCCAAUUUGCCUUAAAUGGGGUUAGUAGUAUUGUCUUGAUAUUUCAGCCUUGCCAAUAAUAGGAGGUUGAUUAACAAAGCCUAUGGUAUGAAAAUAAUGGCCAUCAAGGUUACUAGUUUUAUAUGAUGCUAUUCAUUUUUUUACCACACUUGCAAUGUAGAAGUUCAAUUUUUAACAUUUUGCUCAUUCUAGGGGUAAAAUGCAGUAGGUUGAUACUGAUUUGCAUCAUUAACUUACUUAAAAUAUUGCCUGUAAAAUUAUCUUGCUAUAGUAAACUAGCUUUUUAAUUGCAUUGCAUCAUACAAAGAACUGUAGCCAACAUUUCAUUGUUAAUUAUAUGAGAAUUUAAAAUGCUUUCUCAAGAAAACUCUUGUGGCUUGAAGAUGUUAACUGUCAUAUUUGAUUUAAGUGGUACAAAAACUGAAAUAUUGUGCUAAAAUUAAAAUGUCUUUGGAAAUAAAAAUUUCAAGCCUUUUUCAAUAUAAAGCAGUAUUCCGGUGAAUAUUCAGUUUAAAUAUCUUGUUUUUGAAUAUAAGUGUUUCACUUUGUAUAUAAAUGGUUAAGUUGAUCCCUUUGUAUUUGGAUCUAUUAAACUGCAUUUAGAAAUUGUAAAAAUUGUUAAAUUACCUUUUUUAAUCAAGUUUCACUGUUAUUGGAUAAACUAUAAAAAAUGAAAGAUCUAGUAACAAUAUUUUUAUAUUUUGUUUGUGGUGCUUUGAUGUGCCACAGCGUUUCUCCUUUGUGCGUGUGUGUGUGUAUGUAUGUGUGUUUGUGUGUAUAAUGUAUAUAACCAUAUAUACAUAUGCACUUUUGAUGGAAUGAUGUCUGAGGUAUGGUUGAAAAUAAAUCGGGUAAUUCAUGCGGAAAGAUAUUUUGUCCAAAUUGUAUAACCCUUUUUAAUUUUAAACAUUCUCAUUAGAUGUAUUUACGAAAACAUCCAUGAAAGCUGGUAAUACUUUGCGGUCUGUAAGCUGUUGAGUGAUAUUUAAUAUUAAUAGUUUUAUAUUUCAGCACUUUUAAGAACUGAAGCAUGCUAAGGCUAUGGUAUUAUGACCAUUUUAAUAUACAAGUGUUCUACUGCAAACAAAUUGUGGUAUUGCUUCAUUUUACCUAAAUCUCUGAACUGUGAUACUUCUAUAGUUGCAGGUGUUUGUUUCUUAUUGUAUUUGUUUUCUUACAAUUCGAUAAAUUUUAGAAAAAUGUUGGUGAUAUUCCUAAAUAUUACAUUCUUUGUUCCAUUUUUACAUAUUCAUUUUAUUUCUUUGAUAGUUAAUUUACUAUUGAUAUACUGCCCUGCAGAUAACAUGUAAUUAUAUGGGAUACUCCCCUGCAGUUAACAUAUAAUUAUAUAAGAAUACUUCUAUCAAUUUCCAGUAAUUGCUCACUGGCCUUAUGUUCUAUAGAAAAUGUGUGUUCAUUGUUAGUAGGGGCCAAAUUAUUUUCGUUGUUUGUAACUCGAAUCUGUGUUUGUCAAAUUUUAAAUUUCAGAUUCCUCAGCUCUUAUUGAUCAGAUUGUUUUCGAUUUAGCAUAUCUGUAUGCACAUGUGCAAGUGCCUCUAAGUAUACUAAAACUUUUACACUUUUUUCAUUUUUUGCAUCUAGUGUAAAAGAAAGUUUUGCUAUGAGGCUAAAUAAUCUUUGCCUUGAAAAUUACAGUGUUCCUUAAUUCAUAAAGAUGUAUAAAAUGUCUGUCAAAUUUCUGUAGUAGUGCAAUUUUACAUCCUUGAAGCAUAACAUUGCUUAUAAAAUCUGUAUUUAGACUCUCGUGUUAAAAAAUAAUUAAAUCAUGCUUGAUAUUAGAGGGAAAAAAUUAUUCUAAUUUAUUUUGAGGUUAAAUUUUACAUUUCAAGUAUAGUUACGAGAUCUUAUUUUUAUUAACCAUUUAUUUAUUUGAAUUAUCUUAAAAAGUAUUUAUUUCAUUAGAGAGAUUUUUUAGUAUUAAUGGUGCUUCCACUUGUAUGUAUUUCUUUCAUUGUGUGCGUAGUGAUUUGAAUCAAUAUCUGAAAGAUUUAGCUGAUAGUACUAACCUAUUGAAUAACUGCUGAAAUUCAAAGAAGCAACUUAUGUGGUUAUUGUAUAUAUUAUUUAAGAACAGUGUAUAGGCCAAACUUUUCAUCAGCUCACCUGAAUUGAACACCCCAUCUCGCAUUAAAUUUUCUAGUCUGUAUAAACUUAACUGUUGUAAAAAAUCCUAUUCUUUCAUAUUUUUUUCAUCUUUCAUUUUUCAUGGUUUGUGUUCAAAUUAAUAUUAUGUUGUUUAGCCAUUAUAACAUUUCACACUUUGCAUAAAAGUAUACUAAUAGAAAUCAUGUUACAUUUCUUACAGAUGAUGCCUUUUCCUUCAUUGUUUGAAAAUAUUAACAUUUUAUGAAUGCAUUCCGUUAAAUACAAAUGCUCAUUUUUUAUUUUAGAUUUUGUGUAUGUUAGUGCCUUACCUUGCAUUUGAAUGCAUAACAUGGGACAUUGCUGUUCUGUAUCUAAAGCAUUUUUUCAUGUGCGAUGGGGUGAUAGUAAAAAAAUCAUUUUGUACUUAAAUUGUAUUGUCUGUGAUAGCAUACAUAAUAUGCCAUUCACAGAUUAAUUAAAGAGCACAACUGUAAUGUGAGACCAAUAUCUUUUUGUGUAUUUGAUUCUGAGAUCUGACUGCUAUUAGUGAAUGUCUGACUACUAGCUUUGGGAAGCUCUCACCAAAAUGUGUUCUAUACUCUCACAAAUUGUAAAUAAUUAAUUUAUUUAAAGUACUAAGUGCCCUUGAGGCAUCUGCAAGUAUUAUCAUAGUCAUUAUCUUCAAAAUGAAACUAAUUCAAAGAAACUGGUACUUUUAAAUAUUAGUCACUUACUUUUAAUAAUGUUUGUAAAAGAAAGUCUUAGUGUAUGCUUUUAAAGAUAGCUCAUAUUCUAGAGCUUUCAACCAUUGGGAAAGUUAACUGAUUUGAAAGCAGACAUGCAAAUUUAUAUUUUGGCUGGGAGAUUUUUCUUCUAGUAUUUAAGAUUGAUUUCAAGUGAAGAUUUUGCUUGUACAUAGGCUUUGUAUUGGAAUCACGUGGGAUGGCAAAAAAAAAAAGCAAAUAGUUCUUGUAUUUGUUGUAUAAUAUGGUUAAUUCCUCUGAAGAAAAAUUGUAUGGGAGGUUUGAGACCAUUUUUCUAUUGUAAAACUUGCUGUGAAUUAAAGAAUUAAUGCUGAUUA